GAGGGAUGCAGCGCGCGCUCGGCGCAGCCUGAAAAUGGCAACCCUUUGGAUUUAUCCGUCCCUUCUUUUCUUUCUCUUUCCCUCCCUCACACCGAGUCAAGCCUUACGGAAUUACCCAGAGAAUGAAGUUACAUUGCUGGACACAAUGUCUGCUCUGGGAGACCUUGGUUGGGAGGCCUAUCCAGCUGAAGGGUGGGAGGAGAUCAGCGUGAUGGAUGAGAGAAACACCCCGAUGCGUUCCUACCAGGUGUGCAACGUGAUGGAGGCCAAUCAGAACAACUGGCUCCGCACUCGGCACAUCGCACGGGAAGGAGCCCAGCGGGUCUACAUCGAGAUCAAGUUCACCCUGCGUGACUGCAACAGCCUGCCAGGAGUCCCCGGCACCUGCAAAGAAACCUUCAACAUGUACUACUACGAGUCCAACAACCCCAACCUGUGGUUUAUCAAGGAGAGCCAGUACAUAAAGAUCGACACCAUUGCGGCAGACGAGAGCUUCACGCAGACCGACGUUGGCGAUCGGGUCAUGAAACUAAACACGGAAAUCCGGGACAUCAAUAACUUGAGCAAGAAGGGUUUUUAUCUGGCUUUCCAAGACGUCGGAGCCUGCAUCGCGCUGGUGUCUCUGAGGGUCUUUUAUAAGAAGUGUCCUCUGGCGGUGUUGAACUUGGCCCAGUUUCCUGAUACGGUGACUGGAGGAGAUUCCGCUUUGGUGGAGGUUAGAGGGUCUUGUGUGAAUGAUUCGGAGGAGUUCGAGGCUCCGAGGAUGUACUGCAGUGGAGAUGGGGGAUGGCUGGUGCCUAUCGGACGCUGUGUCUGCAAGCCGGGCUUCGAGGAGAAUAAGGACUACUGUCAGGCCUGCAGGCCAGGCACCUACAAAGCCUCUUCCAUGGAUGCCUACUGCUCCAAAUGUCCUCCACACAGUUUCUCCCACCAGGAAAAGGCUUCUGAAUGUUCCUGCGAGAAGGGAUUUUACAGAGCUGACAUGGACCCACGGUCAAUGGCCUGCACCCGACCUCCAUCAGCACCGGAGAACCCGAUCUCUACCCUGAACGACACCUCAGUGACUUUAGAAUGGAGUCCUCCUCGAGACAGCGGCGGGCGAGGAGACGUGACCUACAGCAUCCACUGCAGAAAGUGUGCUGGCGACGGCAGGAUUUGCAGCCCUUGCAGCAACAGCGUCCACUUUGUCCCACGACAGUUCGGUUUGUCGAUCCCCAAAGUGCUGGUCACAGACCUGCUGUCCAACACCAACUACACCUUCAGCAUCGAGGCGGUGAAUGGGGUGUCUGAUCUGAGCCCGACUCCGAAACAACUAGUCACAGUCAACAUUACCACCAGUCAGACAGUGAAUGUGAUCCUGAAGGAGAGAAAGAGUAAAGACAGUAUUACCCUGGCAUGGCAGGGGCCCGACAGACCAAACGGAGUCAUAGUGGAAUAUGAAGUCAUCUACUAUGAGAAGAACCAAAGAGACCAGAACUACACGGUUCUGAAGACCAAAGGGCACAUGAUGACUGUGGAGGGCCUAAAACCAGGAACCACAUACGUGUUCAGAGUGAGGGCUCGCACUGAUGGUGGAUACGGCAACUAUGGUGGAGAGAUCGAGCUGGAGACCAGUCACGAGGAUAUGCUGGCCAUUGGGGACCCGAACCAGUCCACAAUCCUAGCAGUGUCCAUAGCUGGAGGCAUUGUGCUGCUUAUCUUCCUGGUGGCGUGUUUUGUAGUGAGCGGACGACAUUGUGGCUACAUUAAAGCAAAGCAAGAUCCAGAUGAAGAAAAAAUGCAGUUUCAGAACGGCAGAGUGAAACUGCCGGGAAGCAGGACGUACAUUCACCCGCACACUUACGAGGACCCAAAUCAAGCUGUCCGGGAUUUUGCCAAGGAAAUUGAUGCCUCCACUAUACGUAUAGAGAGAGUUAUAGGGGCAGGUGAGUUUGGUGAAGUGUGUAGUGGCCGUCUGAAGCUCCCCAGCAAGAGGGAAAUCUAUGUGGCUAUCAAGAGCCUGAAAGCAGGAUAUUCAGAAAAGCAGAGGCGGGACUUCCUGAGCGAGGCCAGCAUCAUGGGUCAGUUUGACCAUCCCAACAUCAUCCGACUGGAGGGAGUCGUCACCAGAUGCAAGCCCGUGAUGAUUAUUACAGAGUACAUGGAGAAUGGAUCGUUGGAUACUUUCCUGAAGAAGCAUGAUGGGCAGUUCACAGUCAUUCAGCUGGUGGGCAUGAUGCGUGGCAUCGCUUCAGGAAUGAAAUAUCUGUCUGAUAUGAGCUACGUCCACCGUGAUCUGGCAGCUCGCAACAUCUUGGUCAACAGCAACCUGGUGUGCAAAGUGUCUGACUUCGGCCUGUCCAGAGUGCUGGAGGAUGACCCUGAAGCUGCAUAUACAACACGGGGUGGAAAAAUCCCCAUUCGAUGGACAGCCCCCGAGGCCAUCGCGUACAGAAAGUUCACCUCGGCUAGUGACGUGUGGAGUUACGGCAUCGUCAUGUGGGAGGUGAUUUCAUACGGAGAACGGCCAUAUUGGGAGAUGUCUAAUCAAGACGUGAUUAAGGCUAUAGAUGAGGGUUACAGGCUGCCCGCCCCGAUGGACUGCCCCGUGGUCCUCCAUCAGCUCAUGCUGGACUGCUGGGAAAAGAGCAGAAGCGAACGGCCCAAAUUCGGGCAGAUCGUCAACACUCUUGACAAACUAAUCCGCAACCCCAACAGUCUGAAAGAGCUCGCCAACAGCUCUGUUUGGGAAGACCCCACCACCCCAGAGUUCAGUGUGAGUACGGUGGAUGAAUGGCUGGAUGCCAUCAAUAUGGGCCAGUACAAGGACAACUUUGCCAAUGCGGGUUAUGUUUCCCUAGAUUCCAUUCUGUACAUCAGCAUGUGCGAGUUGAGCAAGAUGGACGUGACUCUGGUGGGCCACCAAAAGAAGAUUCUCUCCGCCGUCCAGAGUUUGCACGCACAGGGGACACACGUGCAGGUAUAACAAGCCUGAGAGCAAACAGACUGAGAGUUAACAACUGCUCCCACCACGGUCCCUAUCAGCAGCUUCACCGCACACCUCAAACCCUGGAUGUUUCCGCAUACGACCCUUUUCUCAGCUUCUGUCCAUGCACAUCCGAGCUUCCUAGGAGAGGAAAACACUGAGAAAAUCAGAAAAGAAGGAACAGUAAUUCACUGUUGGCAUUUCAUUCAUGCAUAUCAGAGGUCGGACUGUUAUUCAUAGAAAAAGAAGACUCGUUUCGUUUUCUCACGUCCAUGUUUGGGAUAUCAGUCUGUCCUUCUACAUCCACUAUAAGUCACAGUUAAAUGACAGAGGAUGUUUAUAGUAUAUUUAUUUUGUCAUAAAUGUUUGAGCGCCAAAUGGAUUCACCUCACAGAAUCUGAUGUUUUGGUGAAAGGGUGACAGACGUUUGCGUUUCACCAGCAAAGAUGGCCGAGGACAUACUGUAAAUGGCCGCUGUUCACUUAUUGCGGUGUUGCUAAUGCAAACAGGCACUGAAACAGCAGAAGUGUGUAAGUAAUGUUUGAUUUCUUGAACACACUUCCAGAUACGUCUUAAGGCAAGACACUGCAGGCAAAUACAUGUUGUUGUUUUUUUUUAUCUAAUGUAAAGAAAUCCUCCAGAAUCUCACAUUAUUAAUUUGUUUCUGUAGAUUUAGAGUAAAAUACAUGGUUUGUUUUGUUUUCUUUCAAUGCCAUUUUGUGAAAAUUAGCACUGUGUUAUGAAGCUCCACCUCAGCAGCUCUUACAAACACCAAAGUUGAAAGUUUUCGGAAUAUGUUCAAACAUAUGGGAUAUGUUCAAACAUAGUUUUGCCUGAUUAUAAACAUUUUAUUAUGCAAAAAAAAAAAAAAAAAAACUAUGGCUAUCCAUGGUAGUUCCCAAAUGAGGGAGUAAAAAUGAGACUCCUUAAAAUCCCCUGCAUAAAAAAAAAUUAAUUUAAAAUGUAGGUCUCACUUUGUAUAAGUGGCCUUAACUACUAUGUACUUCCAUCAAAAAUAAAUACAAUGUUCUUUUUGUCUUCAUAAUGUAUUGGAGUAUACUUCUGGUGCUCUUGAGGUGCUAUAAUGGGAGCUUGGUAUGUUUGGUAAUAUGGGUAGAUUUAAGGGUUGGAUAAGGUGUAAGGGAUGGUCAACAGUUUAAUUAAAGAUGUAUUUAUCGAAAUUAAUUAGACAUAUAAUUGCAUGCAGGUUGUUAAUCAGUCAUAAGUACACUGUAAGAACAUGUAUUUACACAAUAAGUACAUUGUAACAAAUGAUUAAUUAGUUUAAGGCCUCUUAAUAUAAAGUGGAACCAAAAUUCACUCUCAUGUGUCAAAAAAUCUACCUGUAAAAAUAUCAUGUUUAAAUCUUUCUGAAUAGAAGUACAUGAAUUAAAAGUACAUUGAAUUAAAUAAUAUCUCAUUUGCAUAUUUAAAGAGACAGUUUACCCAAAAAUAAACACAAAGGAUGAAAUAUUAAAGAAUGUUUGGACAUAUUGCCAUUGACAUAGUUUUGUUCCUACUAAUGGCUGAUUUAUUUCCAAACUAAUUUCAGAAGAUCUUAUUUAAUGUUUAACAACAGAACACAAAAGAAAUUCAUAAGUUUAGAACCACUUCAGUAUAAGUAAAUUGUGAAAAAAAAAUUCUUUCAUUUUUGGGUGAACUAUAUCUGUAAAUAUAACAAUUAUGAAAACAAUUCUUAAAAUGAUCAAUCGCCAGUUCGGUCUUAACUAUUAGUUAACUAUUUUUAUGUAGUUAAAAAUGACCAGUCUGUCGGAUGUAGAAGAGCCAGAGUCAGAGAUUCUGAAGGAUAUCUCAAUAUCUCAAGCAUACAAAUGUCAGACAGCCACUAGAGCUGACCCCAGACCUGUGAAAUGAUCCACGAAGAAAUAGAACACAAAGUACAAUCAGUUUCUUAUUCAAGGCUGUGUGUACUCUGUCAUCUUAUAAAAAGCUGGUUAUAAUGGUUAAAAGCUGGUACAAUCUAUGAUAAUAAUAAUAAUUAAUAAUUCCAUACAUAGCGCUUUUCUGAACACUCAAAGCGCUUUACAUAUUGGGGGGAGUCUCCUCAUCCACCACCAGUGUGCAGCAUCCACCAUAUUGUGCCAGACAGCACACCACACACCAGCUGAUUGGUGGAGAGGAGACAGAGUGAUGAAGCCAAUUGUGAUAUGAGGAUAGUUAGGAGGUCAUGAUGGAAAAAGGCCAGUGGUAAAUUUUGGUUAGGAGGCCAGGGUUAUACUCCUACUCUUUUUCAAAGGACGUCCUGGGAUUUUUAAGGACCACGAAUUAACAUCUCAUCCGAAAGACUACACUCACUGAGCAGUAUACUGCCCUUCACUAUACUGGGGCAUUAGGACCCACACAGACCACAGGUUGUGUGCCCCCUGCUGGCCUCACUAACUGGCAACUUACAUACAAAGGAAUUACCUUUAAGAGAUUUAACACAAAAAAGGCAAAUAACUCAGGAAACAGUUGUUUUCAAUUCUUCAAGAGUCCAGGUCCACUCAAGAGGUCUCCAUGGCUGGGUAGAUCCUGAGGAAACAAAUAAUUUGGCAUACAGAAUAAAGCAAUGACACACAUAUUAUUCGAGUUUUAUCUCACGUGGUAUGACACUAAGGUCAUCAUAUAAUCUAGACUCUUAAACAUUCAACUUUAUUAAUAAUCAUAAAGACAUAUGAAAGGAUGUGUUACUCCAUACUCCCAUCACAAAAUUCACUUCCUUCACUAUUCACCUUCAGUGUCUUGCCUUAAAUCAAAACAGAAACAUCUCCAUCCGUUCACCGCAAUGUAAACCACUUUAAAAGCUCAUUAUGACGUUCAUGUGCACCGCUUUCGUCGACGCUCGUAGUGCGUGAUGACAUACUAUUGUACUAUAGUGUAUAAAAUGUACAGUGUUGAUUAAAAAAAAAAAAGACGACAAAAGCGCAAAAACAGGAGAAAAGCUAGAAUGUUUGUAAUGAUGUACUUUUCUUUAGUAUGAAGAGGAGGUCGGACGCGGGCGUGUGGUGGCGAUUUCACCAUAAUAACUCAUCUCUGGAAUGUAGCAUGGAUACUAAGCUUCGUCUAUGAUUGACAGGUGACAGUGACUGCAGUUUUUUCACUCAAGUGGUGCCCUUAGCUGCUUGACUUUAGAUGCCUUAUUAACUGUGCAGUUCUCUCUCUUUUUUCUCGUCCUCCCCUUUAGAAACGAUAUCAUGAAGUAUAAUGUAUAUAGUAUUUAUCAUUGCGUCACUGAGAAGCUGGAGCUCCAUAUUAAAGCAAGGCUCGACAUGUUUACCGUUGUUUUAGUCUGCCGUUUGUGGAGACGCGUUCGAUUCGCGUGUUUUUUCGGAACGGGUUUUCACGAAUUUAUUGGCUGAACUCAAUUAAUUCCGUAUGCUAACAUUACUCAGAUUAAUUUGCUGCACUGUAUAUUUUUGUACUAGUGAGGUUGUUCUGUAAAGUAGAAGUACCUGUUUAAUUUAAAUAUAUAUGAGGCAUAAAUACAGGAAUGGAUGAUCGUACUUCAAAAUCUGAAUUCCCCUGAUGUCAUUUUAAAGUUUUGUUUUAUGUCAUGAUUUGUUUCAAGGAUCGAACAAUGACAAAUCACAAGACUGAUCUGGAAUCUGUUUCGUUUUACACAUUUGCUGCACUGGUUUUGUGGGAAAUUCUGCUAUCAUUGUUGCUUUAAGAUUUUGAAUAUGCUGGUAAUGUGUGGGAGUCCAUUUUUGCAUAGGGAAAAGGUAAUUGCGACUUUUUAUCUCUGAGAAAAUGUCAGAAUUUUAGGACAGAUGAAUUAUGAAGGAAAAAGGAAUUAAAAUCUCGUAAAUCUGAGAAUUUAUGAUUUUUGCCAAAACUAAAUUUAUUUCUUGUAAGUAAUCUUUUUUUCAGAGAAUAAAAAUAUAUCAAAAUUAGAAUUUCGAGUUAUGAGUUCAGAAUUGAGAGACUAAAAAAAAAAAGAAUUUUGAAAUCUCAUGAUUAAUUUACAAAUCUCAUUUAAUUUCUCAUAUUUCUAAGAUUUAUCUGGAAAUGCAAACCCUUUUUUCUUAGAACAUGAAAUUUGUAAGCUUAUAACUCAAAUUUGUGAUGUAAAAUUUUCUGAGGUAUUACCACACAGGUCUUCUCUUACAAUUUGAGGGGAAAAAAAGUCAGAAUUGUGAGAUAUAAGCCCCUUUCACACAAUGAAAAUUUCCGGAACAGCUUUACUGGUAGGUUUCACACAGGCAAAGAAGUGUGGCAACAAUGUGUGAAUAUAACUGACCACUAAUGGUAAAAAUAAAUUAAUUCUAUAUUUUUAUAAUCAUACUUGAUUAAAAAAAACUGUCUGCAGAAACGCAAGCUGUGCUAAAUUCUGGUAUAAACAUAAAAUAAGCUGAAUUCUGAGUUUAUAUCUCACAUUUGCGAGUGUUUUGAGAGUUUUUUUUUCUGGAUAUUUGCACUUGAUAAAAGCAAGAUUUACAGUAAACUCUGUAAGUUUAAAGUUUUGAGAAAAAGAAGUCACAAUUGUGAGAUUUUAAGUUUAUAUCUUCAUAAGUCUAUGUCUUUCUGUGAAGACCAGUCUGAAUAUUCAGAGAUAAAAAGAUGCACAUUUACAGUAUAUCAUAAUUCCAUGUCUGCAGAUUCCAUUUAAUCGAGGCCUUGAGACGAAGAACCAUAUAAGUCCAUGUUUUCAAAUUUUGAGUAAUAAGAUUUUUUUUAUUUGGAUUGUGAACAUUAUAUUAUUAUUUUUUUAUUUACUUGAAGAUAGACAACAAAAGCUUCCCAAUUCUAAGGAGAUAACAUUUUUCAGCGUCAGUAUUAAAAACCAAAAGUUAUUGAGAUUUUUAUAUUUCUCAAAUGUGGAAGAACGGUAUAUAUCCAGUUAGUGUGGAAUAAUCAAAACCCCAAUUUAUCAUAUCACUUUAAACCACUAAAGAUUUGAUUUCUUAGUUUUAAUACAAUAACAGAAACUUCAGGUUAAAAUUAAACAUUUCCUUUAAGUUUAUUAUUAAUUAAUAUUAUUGUUAUUUAAAAACAAAAAAUGUACAAUGACAGACAAUGUACAAUAAAUACACCGUCUUACAGUACAGGCAAUAACAAUCACUUAUUAACAAUAAAUAAAUAAAUACAUACAACAAUGAAUACAUGAAAUGCAGACAUACAUCAUAGCUAAAUAUUGUCGUUUAUUUAGAAAUAUAAACAGGUGCGCCUCAGCACGUUCGGAGAGAGAGAUCCCAUCACAUAUACGGUUCUUCCACAAAUUUUUCACAGGUUUUUGUUCUAUUUGAUUCAAAUAUGGUUUCCCAGCAUCACUCAAAGCCUUCCUUACUCUGUCCUUCCAUUUGUUCAUGUCGGCUCUCAUUUUUUUUUUUUGCAGAGAAUUUGCCUUUUAAUGUCUGAACUGGACAUGACAGCAAGCAGCAACUCUAUUCUUCUUUGACAUAAACGUUUUUUCCACGUCAAGCUAUUUUAAUGUUUAAAAUGCAGACGCUUGGUCACUAGAAAAUAUCCCCAAACUGUUUCUGUAUACAGUUCAAACGUACACCUAAUCUCACAUGGUUAUCUCAUUUUUUUUAUUGGACUUAUACGGUUGUUCGUCUCACGCACUCAACUAAGCAUACACAACCACAGCUCCUUCAGUCAGAUUCCAAGAAAAAUCCAUCAUCAUCUGUCAUUCGAUUAUAACUGGAUAACUUGCAGAAACGGUUAUGAAGGUUUUGAAUCUGGUCUCGUAUACCAUGCUUAAAAUGGUGCCAUUUCCUAAUUACACACUGGUGAAAACCCUUUAAAAAAUGUCAAUCACACCAAUAAAUGCAAGGUUUGCUACUAACUAUUGCACUUUUUUUAAGUUUCCCCAUGAAUAUUCAACAGCCGAAAUAAAAACACUUCCUUAAACCAGUGCUUUAUACAUUUAGAUGAAUACAUUUGUAUACCCUGUCUACCCUGAGAUUUGGCAAUGAACUGUAUACACUUAACCCAAGAUUUCAAUGUGUAAAAUACUUGCAGGAAUCCAGCAACUCAUCCAUUUGUAUGCUCAUCUUUGAAUCCAAAAUGUUAUCUAUUCCAAUCUAGGGAAGUAUUACGCUGACAAAACAGUGAUAAUGGCACUAUUAAUACCCGUUAAUAAAUCAUAAGCUUCCAUUUUUACUACUGUAACAAACUUUAACAGAAUUACAAAACAGCUAAGAAAUCUACAAAUCUGCUCACCGAAUGACUCAAAGCAGGUGGUUGUGUGACUAAACAGUGUUAGUGGCAGGAUAUGUGGAUCGUUGUUAAUAUGAUAGAAGAUGAUAGAUGAAUCUUGCUUAUGAAUUGUCUAUGGAGUUGUUGUCUUUUUGUUCUGGCCCGGCUCUGUACAUGUGAAUGAUCUCUGUUCUUUUGUAAGCUUUGUGCCCAUUUCUCCACACUGCAGGUUUCUAUGAGCUCGCCAAAAAAACAAGGGUGUACGCAUUGAGGUUCUUCAUGUCGCUGUAAUAAAUGCUAAUAUUUUUAAUUUCUCACCUGAA